GGCCGACCCCUGACUCACGGCUGCUUGGGUUAAUCAGUGACGCGAGUGGGAGAAGUGGCAGGAAUAAAGCAGGGGAGCAGCCGAAGCGGGAUCGCAAACAGAAGACACACGGUAAGAAGCGACCUCUCACUGCCGGUUACAGAUGGCUGCUCUCUGAGCCCAAUAGAAGACAUCAUUUUAAGGUGCCAGUACUACCAGUAAAGGAUACGAUGCAGAGACAGCUGUCAACCCUUCUAGUCCUUCUGUGCUGCUUCCUCCCCGGAAGCCAAACCAACCGCAUCUACGUUCACCCCUUCAGCCUCUUCGCGGUUGAGAACGUCACCUGUGCAGCGCCUCACACCCAACACCCAAAGCCCGGGGAGACGCAUCCCGUGGCCCCACUGGACCUGGAGGUCCUGACUCCCGACAGCAGAGCCUCGGGGGAACCGGACGCACAGAGGCAGGACAUCUCUGUGAAGAUGCUGGUUUUGUCCGGGCUCUUAAACCCUCUGGGCCUGAGGAUGUACCAGGCUCUGAGCAGCAGGCAGCGCGGCACCAACACGCUCAUGUCUCCAGUCAGUACUUACGGAUCCCUCGUCAUCUUCUCCCUGGGAGCAUCCGAGAACACAACAGACUCCUUCCAGUUUCUUCUGGGCCUGACCAGCAGCACCAAACAAGAUGACUGUGCAUUAUCAGUGGGACGACACAACGUCCUGAAAACACUGCAGAGCAUCAACGCUCUGGCGAACCGCGGACCCACGCACAGAGUAACCACGCAGCUCUGGGCUUUCACUCGCCAGGACGCUGAGCUGUCGGACGACUUCAUUCAAGGCACAAAGGACUUCUCGGACUCGUCCUUCGUCCGAAGCGUGGACCUUUCGAAAGCUGAAGAGGCCAAGCAGCUGGUCAACAACUUUGUGGAAAAAACAUCAAAUGGGAAAGUGAAGAGCAUCUUCAGAGAUCUGAACUCCAGCAGUGACUUUCUGUUCGUUUCCUCCUUCAUCUUCCAAGGAAACUGGAGGACGGCCUUCCAACCAGACUCCACCUCGCUGCAGGAGUUCCAUGUGGAUGAAACAACCACAGUCAUGGCACCACUCAUGACCCGCACGGCUCAGUAUCACUAUCUGAACGAUAAGGUGCGGAGGUGCACCGUCGUGAAGCUGCCUCUGGGCCAGGAAUCCUACAUGUUGCUGGUUUUGCCUCACGAAGGCGUCAAUCUGCAUGAUAUUGAAUCCAAACUGACAUUGUCCGCGGACAUUAUAUUAGCAUGGAACCAGAAGCUUCAGAAAGGUCUGUUGGAGUUGUCUGUGCCAAAAUUCUCUGUGUCUUCUGUGACUGAUGUGCGCAACUUGUUGACUUACAUGGAUCCACAACUUGGAACUGAGUUGUUGGCUGCGUUCAGCCAACUCAGCAACAGAAACCCCUUCACUAUAGAUAAGGCGUUUAACAGGGUUGUGUUUGAGAUGUCCGAGGAAGGAGAACCUCAGGACAACGCACAGGAGGAAGGCAUCCCUCUGAAACUGGCCUUCAGCCGGCCUUUCCUCUUCAUGGUCAUAGAAGGAGGUACUAAUGCCAUCCUUAUGCUAGGAAAAAUCACUAAUCCUAUGCUCUAAGGUUAGAGAGUAAUAACAAACAUGGAAAAUGUCUGCUCUGGGUAUUUAUAAAAUCCUGUACUGAGGUGCAUAUUUUAAUAGCAGUCAACAGAGGUUGUAUAGUAUUUUUGGUAGAGUAUAAUAGCUACGGUAACCAUGUACUACAAUGAAUUAUUACUAUAAUGUAUAUUUUAAUAUACAAUAUUUUUGUUUUGCUACAAUUUAUGAUAAUAAAAUGUCUAUAGUUACAAC